AUGUCUCGACGGGCGUCGAGUAGCGAAGAGGCGGCACCUUUUCUUGAUGACCCGGAAGCACCGCUGGCGCCGGGUUGUCACAAAGAAGCAGCUGCACUCGGCUCGCUCAAAGGAAGACUCUUGGUGCGCGGCAUCGCCAUCUCCAAAUCAAUCCUGUGGCUUAACAUUCUCCUCUCGAUUGCAAACGCUGCAUGGACCAUUGUCAACCUUCAGCCGAGACACGGCUCUCGAUCAAGCUCAGGGCGCCCGCGCGGAGGCAUAUAUGAGGCGACGGGAGCGCCGAUGUCGUUGGUGAACUCAACAUGGAAUCUCCCCAUCGGCACUCGAUCGCCUUUUACCGACUUGGAUCCAGCUGUGGCGGAUGCGGCCUGGGCGACGGUCAACAUGGGAGGCAAGCAGGGCUGGCUCAAGGUGCCCAAGGCUAAGGUGGAUCUCAUGGACCAAAGCUCGAUCGAGUUCGCCGACGGCUCCGGCUACUUGUUUGGCAUGGAUGUGUUCCAUCAGCUGCACUGUCUGGACUUUCUUCGCAAGAAGACCGUCCUGUACCACCCCUUCUACCCUGUGGUUGAAGAAGACGAAGAUAUACCAGUGGCGUAUCACAUCGCGCUGGGCCGAUGGAUGGAUCGAGCCCUGGGCCGUCUGGACCAACCGUCAUCAAUGCCGUGAUUUCGACUCGGUAGCCCUCUGGGCUCGUGAUAAUUUUCCGAAUUUGAAGAACACCUUGGUGCACCCGGAGCUGGGAGUCUUUGUUUCGGGGCACUUGAACCACUCGGCAUUGCCCAUUUGGGAAGAACCACAUGAUGACCUGCCCAACUUUUUAAAUACAGUACCUACCUAAGCAAGUAGUCGAGCCAGAAGAUGGAAUAGAGUCAAGUUCAAACUCGGAAAUGUCGGACCUCUCGGCUCGUGAAUGCACAUCAUGAUCUGGUCUCCUGUUCAAUAGAUAAACAUAUGUAUUAGCACCAUA